AUGUCAAUAAAAAAUACACUAUCGAAUCCACUCACUGGUCUUGCAAUUGUGAUCUCAUUUUCCCUAAUUGCCAUUUUCGUCGCCGCUUAUUUAACAGAUUUGAAGAAAAAACAGGCAAAAACUGAAGUUGCAACUGCGAUUUCAACAAUUAAAGUUUCAAUUGAAACUGUUGAAAAACUGAAAGAAUCCGAAGAAUCUGGAAAUAAGAAGAAGCCAAGAAAAAUAUGUGAUUCUCCGGAAUGUAUUACGUUAUCUUAUCAACUGCUAAACUGGAAAGAUCCAAACAUUGAUCCUUGUGAAGAUUUCCAUAAAUUUGUAUGCGGAAAAUACCCAAAAGAUUCAGAAUCCAAGAGUUUGAAAUCUAUUGAAAACGACGAACAAACUGUUCAAAAAAUUUCAGAUUUCCUGAACAAAAGCGACGCAAAAGAUUCCAAAUCUGAAAAUAUCAUGCAACGCUACUACAAAAAAUGCCAAGAAGAUUCCGAGAAAAAUCUGGAAACUUUUAAAGAAACUCAAAAACUAUGGUACCAAGAAUUAUAUGCAGAUAUUCAAAAAAUUGGUACCUGGCCGAGUGCUGAGAAAAAUUGGGAUGAGUCCACGUUUGAUUUGAAUGAAAUGCUAUCAAAGAUGGCCGAAUUGAAUUUAAUUCAAGAUUUUGGGCUUUUCAAAUUCGAAAUAGAUUCAAAAUCCAAUAAAAUUUUGAAUCUGGUGGCUCCAGGAAGUUUAAGAUGGAAUAAGAAGAUUCUGGAAGGAAUUCUGAAUUCGAAUGAGAUUUCUUCAGAAUCUCUGAAUCAGGAUCUGAAAGAUGUUGAAGCGAUUUUCAAGAAAAUUCAGAAUUUGAAGAACGAAAAUUCAAAUUUCGAAAAAUUUGAAUCCUUAACUUCCCAUAUUCCAAGUAUUGAUUUCAAUAGGAUCAUUAAGAAUUUAGCGCAUCAAGAUGAAAAAAUUGAAGAAAAAAUGAAAGGGAACAUUAGAGUUGGCAGUUCGGAACUAUUUUUCGGGAAAGAUGAAAAUCUCGAAAAAAUCCUAGAGACAACUCCCAAUCGCACUUUAGCAAAUUUCUUGAUUUUGAAAAUCAUUCAAGAAGCUGUCAAAGAAAUUCCGUCGGAUUUCAGAAGUUCAAAAACUAUGGAUUGUGGGAAAAGUGCUAUCCAUUAUUUCCCUCAAACCGCCGUUAAGAUACUUUCCAAGAAUUAUGAUGAUAAGAAUGAAAAUUUGAAAAUUGUCUCCGAAAUUUUCGAUGACGUCAGAGAAUCCUAUGUGGAAAUUAUUAAAAACUCGACGAAGAUUCCGGAAGAAUCAAAAAAUGAAAUUUUGGAUGAAUUGAAAAAUAUGGAGAAGAAAAUUGCAUUUUCAAGAGAGGAUGAUGAUUUGGAUAAGGAACUCACAAAGGUAUUUUUUAUUGAAAUUAGGAAAUUCUGA